AUGCAGAACCCUUAUAAUCCAUUGGCUACACCUUGUGGAUCGAGCAGUGGAUCAGCCAUCUCAGUAGCUGCAAAUUUGGGAGCGGUGUCAUUGGGAACCGAGACAGAUGGCUCAAUUUUAUGUCCUGCCAAUUUGAACUCUGUACUAGGAAUCAAGCCAACAGUGGGUCUCACUAGUAGAGCUGGGGUUGUUCCCAUCUCCCCAAGGCAGGACAACAUUGGGCCAAUUUGUAGGACUGUAUCAGAUGCCGUUCACGUUCUUGAUGCCAUUGUUGGCAUCGAUCAAAACGACAUUGCAAGAAUUGAGACGUCCAAAUACAUUCCUAAAGGUGGCUAUGCACAGUUUCUCAGACGCGACGGACUCAAAGGAAAGAGAAUUGGAAUUGUCAAGGAUCCCUUCUUUGAUUUUGGCAACAACACUUUUCUGGCUCAAACAUUUAAGCUACAUUUCAAGACACUAAGGCGAGAAGGUGCAAUCUUGGUAGACCAUCUGAAAAUAGACAACGUAGGGGAGAUCUUUAGCUCCACAGCCGAAAAUACUGCGUUGUCUAUUGAGUUCAAAAUAUCCCUAAACGCAUACUUAAAAGAGCUUGUGACUUCACCAGUGCGGUCCUUGGCAGAUGUCAUUGCCUUCAACAACAAAAGCAAAAAAGAAAAAGUGAAGCAGUAUGGAAAAAACCUAUUUUUAACUGCGGAAGCCACAAAUGGAAUGGGAAAUGCAGAGAAGGCAGCACUUUCUUCAAUUGCACGCUUGUCAAAAAAUGGGUUUGAGAAGGUGAUGAAAAAGAAUAAGCUAGAUGCAUUGGUGGCUGGUGAUCCAUUUGCUAUUCUUUCUACACCACUUGCUCUGAGGGGUUUCCCCGGGAUAAUAGUCCUCGCAGGAUACAAAGAUGGUGUCCCGUUUGGCAUUUGCUUUGGGGGCCCAAGGGGUUCAGAACAAAAACUUAUUGAAAUUGCUUAUGCCUUUGAGCAAGCCACUAAAAUUAGGAAGCCUUCUCCGUUGAAAUUUUGAAAAACAUGUAGUUGUUACAACAUACAACAUGGGAUGUAUGUAUCUUGUACGUGAAUCUAAUAAGUUAAUAUGGAGUAUAUUCAUAUUCUAUAGUGUCAAUAACCCUACAAUUCAUAAAUAAGAAUUAACCGAGAGAAAUUUGCAUGGAUUGCUGCUAAAUGUGAGCAACAGAAUGUAAUGAUUGAAAAUACAGUGCAUCAAUAAGUUUAAAAAA